AUGGACCAUGUAACGCAGAUGGCCAAGUCUCUCCAGAACAAACUGGUCUUCCCCGCCGAGAUGAGCUUCCGCAGCGGCCGCGAGAUGUUCUCCAUGCCUCCCAUGCUCUCUCCCGACGUCUUCUCUCGGCGCUCGUCCUCGUCCCGGGACGUGACCUUUACCCUGCCGCCGCUGCUCUCUCCCGACCUCUUCCGACGUCGCUCGUCCUCGGCCGCCGACCUGAGGGCCAGCGGCUCGGACGGGGCCACCACGCCGCUCACGCCCUCUUCGCCCAGAGAUAUGGCCUCAGACUGUGGAUCAAGAAACACGACCCCUUCUCCCAUCGCGUUCUUCUCGGAGUCCCCACAGCGCAAGGGCCUGGGUCGAUUGAACCCAGACAUCUACCGACUACCGUCCCCGGACAACGAUGACGUCGAGGUGAAGGCGACGCUAGGGCGCCUCUGGUUCUCCCUAGUCUAUGACGCGUCAGAGGAGAAGUUGACAGUCACGGUCAUCAAGGCUAAAAAGCUGCCCCAGAGGUCACGCGACGAACCGGACAGCUGUGACCCUGUCGUCAGGGUGCACCUGCUGCCGGACAAGCGUCGCUACCUUCAGUCUCAGCAGAAGAAGAAUACCUGCAACCCGCGCUUUGACGAAGAGUUUCCCUUCAUGAUCCCGCAGCGGAGGCUGGCGCAGCACAGUAUCCGCAUCUCCGUGUACGACAGCCGCCGCGACCGGAAGCACGUGCCACUGGGGAGUGUCAUGCACAGCCUGCGUUCGGGCCACACCCUCACCAACGUCGUCCGCGACAUCAGCAGGGUGGAGGUGGAUGCCGACAGCGGUAGCGGUGGCGGCAGCUGCGCCAAGGUGGUGAAGGUGCCGGCCGCGGGCGGCACCGUGGGCGGCGUCCUGGUGGGCCUAACGUACAACGCCGGCCUGGAGAGGCUCAACGUGGCCAUCUUGGAGGCCGUGGAGCUCGAGAGUGCCAACGACGAAGAGCUGCCGUCGACCUACGCCAAGGUGACCAUGUACCAUCACACUCGUGGGCUCAAGUCGAAGCGUACGGAGACGGUGCGCGAGUGUUGCAGCCCUAAGUACGCGGAGAGCUUCAACAUGUCCUUGCCCGCCGACAACCUUAGCGCCGUCCACAUCAGGGUCCAGAUCAAGCAGAAGAUGUCGCCCGGUAGGAAGGACGUGACUCUAGGCAGGGUCACCAUCGGGUCUCACAUGUUCGCCCGCGGCCAUAUGCAAGAGCACUGGGAGAAGAUGCUCCAAAACCCGAAGGAGCAGAUCCAGAUGUGGCACGUGCUGAAGGCCAUCUAGGCUCCUCGGCGCGACUGGAGGCGGCGGCGGCGCCAUCGCUAGCCCAGCUUACACGAAGUCUGUGUUUUCUUAGCACCAAAACUGUGCGGUCGUGGGGCUUGGGGGACCGGCGGCUGGCCGUCGGCCAUUGCUGUGGACGUGAACUGCCAGGCGCAAAUGUGGAGCUUUCUUCAAAGCGUUCGGAAGUGCAUCAGCAUUUUAGGUCAUUUCUUGUGACAUAACGCACUCAUACGUGGACUCUUGUAGCGUAUUUUAGGUCCCUAACCUUUUUAAGCCCAUUGGUCCAAUGCCUACAGCUCAUUCUAGCCACAGGACGCCAUGUUGAAACUAAGAACCACGAUGAAACGUCCCCUUCAACGCUGUGAAUCCCCACGAGGCUUCAAAGAAAGCUCCAUCGGCGCCAGGUGCGUUGUGUUCCAGGCGCACCUCCGCCGCGCUGAAAGGUUCCUGGAAGAUUUUCCGGUCCAGUGCGGAUCCAUCCGCAAGGAUGUGCGGUCGUGCUCCGCAAGGAUGUGCGGUCGUGCUCCGUUAGGAUGGCGCCGUGCGGACUGGUGUGCUGUACGAGCGAAACUGCCGCUGUUUUCUGCUUCAUCGGGCUUGCACGCAGCGAGAUGGCAAUGGGCGCAUUUUCUCCGCAGUUACCCGGCGUCGGUUAGCACCGGUCACCGUGUCCGCAGUGACUAGGUCACUAGGACUGCGUUCUGCUGUGAAUGAUGCGAGUCGUUGCGGAAAUGUGGAUGUCUUGGUGGCAACGCGUAUGGUGGUUUGGGCGGUGCACAUUGGCUUGUGAGGGGCUGUCAGGGCGCUCGUGCUCCGUCAAGAUGAGGCAGGAUGUUUUCUCACGUGUUGGUAUAUGGUGCGGUCUGUAGAUGUUCUCCAGGAUAUA